AUGGACAAUGAUAGUGCGGUGUUUUCCGCAGAAAACACAGAGAGAGAAGAAGCAAUGAAAAAACAGCCUCGCAUUAUAAUCUUCGCCAAAGUGAAAGUAGAUUACAAGGAUAGCGAACAUAUUCCGAAACAAGGGCAUCUUCGCAAACUCCGUGUAAAUUGCGUGGACAUGCGUUGGCAGGAUGUCGCCUUCGCAGCCACCGCUAAGAUGUUCGACCUCAGCGGCGUAUUCGCCACUAUUCUGACAAGACAUCCUGCCAUAGCUAGCACGCCGUUCUGUAUCUUCUGUUCGUUAUGA